GUGUGAGAGAGAGAGAGAGAGCGGGCUGCCCUGAGCGCGCAGGCCGAUGAGGAGAGCCCGAACCCCGGCUCGGGCCACGGCGUCGCUCCGCAGGCAUGCAGCAGCCCGGAUACGACUUCUCCAGCGAGGAGAACAGCUCGAAGUGGAGAGGCCUGUUCGUGCAGGCACUCAGGAAGGUGCAGUUACAGGUACACCCGAACCUGUCUGCUAAAGAAGAUGCUCUGCAGCACAUCGAGGAGCUCAUACUGCAGCUGCUCAACAUGCUGUGUGUCAGUCAGCCCAGGACUGUCCCUGACGUAGAGGAGCGGAUCCAGAAGACGUUCCCGUACCCCAUAGAUAAGUGGGCCAUGGCCGACGCCCAGUCAGCUAUAGAGAAACGCAAGCGCAGGAACCCUCUCCUACUUCCUGUGGACAAGAUCCAUCCUUUACUGAAGGAGGUGUUGGGUUAUAAGAUAGACUACCACGUGUCCCUGUACAUCGUGGCCGUGUUGGAGUACAUCUCAGCCGACAUCCUCAAACUGGCCGGGAAUUACGUGGGAAACAUCCGACACUACGAGAUCAGCCAGCAGGACAUAAAAGUCUCCAUGUGUGCAGAUAAGGUGCUGAUGGACAUGUUUGAUCAGGAGGAGGUGGGUUUGGUGUCUCAGUGUGCGGAGGAGGACUCGUCCACAGGUGAGCUGACCUACGAUGACCUGGUGCGGUUGGAGAUGGCUGAGGAGCGACAGUACCUGCGCGAGCUCGACCUCAUCAUCAAAGUGUUCCGCAGGGCGUUCCUGUCCAGCAGCAAACUCUUCAGCCCGCAGGACAUAGAGAUGGUGUUCAGUAAUAUUCUGGAGGUUCACGAGUUGACGGCGAAGUUGUUGGGGCUGAUUGAAGAUGCGGUAGAGAUGACAGAAGACGGGAGUCCUCACCCUCUUGUGGGCAGCUGCUUCGAAGACCUUGCUGAGGAACAAGCCUUUGAUCCCUACGAGACUCUCUCCCAGGACAUCCUCUCCAAAGAGUUCCACGAUCACUUCAGUAACCUCAUGUCCCGGCCCACUGUGGCUCUGCACUUCCAGUCGAUUGCUGAGGGUUUUAAGGAGGCUGUUCAGUAUGUUCUUCCCCAGCUGAUGAUGAUUCCUGUUUAUCACUGCAUGCACUACUUUGAACUGUUGCAGCAACUGCAGGAGCGGAGUAAAGACCACGAUGACCGGGAGCACCUGAAACAGGCUCAGACCGCUCUGCUGAACCUUCAGAGCAGCAUUGAGCGGAUCUACAGCAAGCACCAGCCCCGCCGCAAACCUGGUGUGCCUCUGUAUCGUGCGUACAGCCGACCCAUUCGCAGCAAACAUCUGGCCAUAAGGCGCAUGAACGAGAUCCAGAGGAGCAUCGACAGCUGGGAAGGCAAAGACAUCGGUCAGUGCUGCAACCAGUUCAUCCUGGAGGGGCCGCUGGUACGCGCUGGCGCCAAGCACGAACGCCACAACUUCCUGUUCGACGGCCUGAUGAUCAGCUGCAAGGCCAGUCAGAGCUCUCGCCUGCCGGGGACCGAAUUCAGGCUGAAGGAGAAGUUCGUGCUGCGUAAGUUUCGUGUGGUGGACCGCGAGGACACGCCGGAGCUGCGCUUCGCCUUCGAGCUGGUGGGGCGCGAGGAGGCCGGUGUCGUGUUCUGCGCGCGCUCCGCCGAGGAGAAGAACACGUGGAUGGCGGCGCUCUUGAUGCUGCAGUCUCGAUGUACGCUGGAGCGCAUGCUGGACGCCGAGCUGCAGAAGGAGGAGCAGGAGCAGCCGCUGCGUCUGCCGUCUCUCGACCUGUACCGCUUCACCGUGCGCGACUCAGAGGAGAACAUCGUGUUCGAGGAGCACAUGCAGAGCAAAACCGGCAUCCCCAUCAUCAAGGCAGGAACCGUGGACAAGCUGAUCGAGAGACUUACCUACCACAUGUACGCAGACCCAAAUUUUGUGCGCACUUUCCUGACGACUUAUCGUUCCUUCUGCAAACCACAGGACCUCCUUACACUGCUUAUAGAAAGGUUUGAAAUUCCUGAGCCUGAACAAUCGGAGGCAGAGCUUGAAUCGAUGUGGAACGGGGACCAACCAAUGGCAGCCGAGCUCCAGAGAUUCCGCAGAGAAUAUGUGCAACCUGUCCAGCUCAGGGUGCUGAAUGUGUUCCGUCAGUGGGUGGAACAUCAUUUCUACGACUUUGAGAAUGAUCCGGAACUACGUACCAGACUGGAGGACUACAUCACCAACCCGCUGCAGCUCAGAGGAAAGUCCAUGCGUAAGUGGGUGGAGUCUAUCAAUAAGAUCAUUAAGCGCAAAAUGCAGACGCAACCAAACGGCAUCAGUCAUAGCAUCACCUUCGAGACUCCGCUCCCACCCAUCGAGUGGCACAUCAGCCGACCAGGCCAGAUCGAGACCUUUGACCUCAUGACCCUUCACCCUAUUGAGAUCGCUCGCCAGCUCACGCUGCUGGAGUCUGACCUCUACAGGGCCGUGCGUCCAUCCGAGCUAGUGGGCAGUGUGUGGACUAAAGAGGAUAAGGAGAAGAACUCGCCCAAUCUGCUGAGGAUGAUCAGACACACCACCAACCUCACACUCUGGUUUGAGAAGUGUGUGGUGGAGGCGGAGAACGUGGAGGAGCGGGUGGCCGUGAUGAUCAGGAUCAUCGAGAUCCUGCAGGUCUUUCAGGAGCUCAACAACUUUAACGGGGUUUUGGAGAUCGUUAGCGCCAUCAACUCUGUACCCGUGUAUCGCCUGGAGCACACCUUUGAGGCUGUGCCAGAGAGGAAAAAGAGGAUUCUGGAGGAGGCAGUGGAGCUGAGUCAGGAUCAUUUUAAAAAGUACCUGGCUAAACUCAAAUCCAUCAACCCACCCUGUGUACCUUUCUUUGGUAUCUACCUGACCAACAUCCUAAAGACAGAGGAGGGGAAUCCAGACUUCCUGAAGCGUCACGGUAAAGAGCUGAUCAACUUCAGUAAGAGACGCAAAGUGGCCGAGAUCACCGGCGAGAUCCAGCAGUACCAGAACCAACCGUACUGCCUGCGGGUCGAGCAAGAUAUCAGGAGGUUCUUUGAGAACCUGAACCCCAUGGGCAGUAUGGCUGAGAAGGAGUUCACUGAUUAUCUGUUUAAUAAAUCUCAUGAGAUCGAGCCACGCAACAGCAAACAGCCUCCGCGAUUCCCCAGGAAGACAUCAUACCCUCUGAAGUCCCCGGGGGUGCGUCCGGUGAGACAGGUGGGGGUUGGGGGUGUGAUUCGGGGUCACCCCGCCCCGUUAGAGCGCGACCCGCUGCCCAAAAUCACCUUUAGGAGCAUCGCCGAGACCGAGACUGAGAGCAUGACCUCACUGCCCACCUCCCCCAACACGCCCACCUCCCCCAACACGCCCACCCAGACGCCCCCGCCCUCCGCCUGCUCCGACCUCAACUCCGUCUUCAUGGAGCACGAGCCGUGUGGUAACAGUGUUUUUGCCCCUGUCCUGCCCCCCUCCAAGUUUCACUCUGUCUCCUGUGGCAGUCUGCAUCAGCUGGGUGAAGAGCCUCUGAAACCCCCACCACUGCCCCCCCGCAGGAAGGACAUAUCCUCAGAGAGCAGGUUGAGUUCCAAAUCAGACGGCCCCCCAGCGAUCCCUCCUCGGCUGAGAACGCCUCUUCCUUUCCCUACGCUUCCUCGUUUCUCACGUGGCGUCAGCGAGCAGACAGACGGUUCUUCGAGCCCCCCGCCCCCUCCGCCCCCACGUGACCCCAUCCCGGAAGUGAUGCCCCCUAUACCUCAACGCCCCCCUGAGAGCUUCAUCAACUGCCCCAUGAAUCCCGCCGUGUCUCCGGUGGGACGCAUCCACUGGGACUACUCGCCCUCGUCCCCCUGCACUCCCCCGGGUACGCCUUCCCCUCGCCUCCCUCUGCCCACCCCGGGCACCCCGUCCCCCCGCGUUCCCCGCCGCCUCUGCCCCUCCCCUGGCCCUGUCCCGCCCAGCCUGUGCCGUCUGCCCCCUCCUAUUCCACCCAGACACAACUCCACACCCCUCGGCCUACCCCUCCCCAAACUGCCCCCAAAGACUUACAAACGAGAGCUGUCCCACUCCGCGCACACACUCUCCCCGCCCUCCAUACACACGCUGUCAGACAGCAGCCAGUGAGCAGAAGUCUUCACACCAUUUCUGGCUCAGGGGGUGGAGCUUUUCUUGUGAUCCUGGUGUUAAUGAGAGAACCUUUUUAACCCCUUUGUGAUUGGAUGGACGUUUAAAGUAAGCUCCACCCACUUUGGCCCAGGGGCAGUUGUUUGAUGAAAUGUGAGUGUGUGUGUGUGUAAGUUUUAUAAACACUGUUCGCUAACCAAGCCCUUUUUAUAACAUAAGCCGCUCUCUGAGCUCGUCACCGGCACCGUGCGGGUCGGCGCUGAUGUCACAGGGAGCCUGGACACUGAUUGGACAGUGGAGCUGUUGGACUCUCGCUGCUGAUCUUUACUUCAGCCAAAGUCUUAACUGUGUUCUCUUGGAGGUCAGAGGUCAAAAGUGAUUGGCCCCGGUACCAAGCCUCUCUUACGCUGCCUUUAACUCUACUUUCAGCCAUGACCUUUGACCUAAGACUAUGACCGCCGUGACCUUUAGCUCAGAGCAGCGACGGGAUCGGCUCGGAGCGUCACUCGGCUGUGUCUGUGUUUAAAGCCAUUACAACGCCAAGAUGAUGUCUUAACAACAAAGUUCAUUUCCCAUAAUGCAGCCCUUCACUGAUUGACUGGUGUGAAUACGAGUGCAUUGUGAGGAGGCGGAGCUUGUUCUCAUGGCCCGAUGAUGAGGAUGCUGACAUCAGACGUGCCUUUAUACUGUUACCGAACAAAAGAGACUUUCUAAAGCCUUCACCAUGCUCAGAACAAAGUGUACACUACAGCUGUGUGUGUGUGUGUGUGUGUGUGUGUGUGUGUGUGUGUGUGUGAGAUCGUUCUGUACAGUCUUCUUACCGCUCUCGUGUCGUUGCUCAGCGCUACACAAACCCAAAAACACAACACGCCUUAAUAACACACCCGCUGACAAUCGUAGCAUUAGCCGUAAUGAACCCUCCCCCCCCCCCCCCAACACACACACAUUCACACUUUUCACAGAGUAGGGUGUUUUCAUCAAACCCUGCUUUGUUAAAAAAAAAUGUACAGACUGUGUCUCUCAAACCCCACAUUAGUUCACUACAUCACUAGUUCACUUAACUUCAGAAUUGCAUUAUCUAGUGUACUACUUAUGAAGUUAUGGACACAGCCAUGCUAAUGAUGGGCUGUGUCCCAAUCACAUACUCCUGCACCAAAAAAGGAAUAAGAUGAUUAUAGUCACCCGGACACCUUCUGUCAGCUGCCUGUGGCUGUGUCUCAAACCAUAUUCUAGUGUACUAAAAUCAUUCUCACAGCAGCUUGAGAGUUAUAACAUACUAUUUGGGUAACUUUCUAAGAUCUGAGACACAACCCAUAUAAAAACCCAUUACACUUUUGAAACCCAGUCACUGGUUUUAUCCCAAACCACUAAAUGUUCUAAAUAGUUACAUGUAGUACUUAGCACUGUGACAUACUAUGUAGUAUGCUGUUAACCCUAUGUUUUUGGUUUGGGACAAAGCCAGACAUAAUCAUUCAUGGGCUGUGUCCCAAAUCGCUACUAGUGUACUAAACAUACUUGAAGGGGCAGAUUGUUGUAAAGGAACUGUUUAUAAGGUUUGGGAUGCAGCUGUGAAAAGAUGACUAAAGGCUAAAUUAUUUCUAAUCUCCGUCAAAGGUUUUGUCCCAAAUCAUUACCAGUGUACUACAAAGUUACCAAAGAUCGAACUUGUUUGACAAACUAUCUAGUGCAUUAGACCCAUGGAGAGAGAGAACACACAAUUUAUUACACAACAUUUAUAAACCCUGUCCCUGUUCCAAUUCAUGUGCUAGUCUGCUAAAUAGCUUUCAAAAGAGUGCACUAUUUUAGUGUAUUUUAUAGUGAUAUUCAUUAAUAAAUAACAUAAGAACAAAUGGAGUGAAACACACACACACACACACGCACACUUCUGCCUGUUACAGAGGGAAGCGCUGAUAGGUCGACACGCGGUGUGUGUGUGUGUGUGUGUGUGAAAGAGAGAGAAAACAAGAUGAUGAUGAUGAUUUGGGGCCUUCUUUUUUUUUUCUUUUUAUUUGCACUUUAGGGCCGUACUGUUAAGGAGGCGCCCUCAGGUCACAUGACCCGCACCCUGCCUCUCACCCCUCAACCUUCACUGUGGCCCGGCUGUGUCCCAAACGCCUCACUAGUGCCUAGUGUUGUCCCCUGCAUGCUCACACAGCACACGUGUCCAAUCAGAGACCUGACAAUUGGACGUGUUCAUAUCAGUAUUCUUCCCAUCCCUAACUAGUGCCCUUGUCUGUAGUGUGCACUUUCUGUGUAGUGCCCUAACCAACUUGCAUGCUUAUUCUGUUAACCCCGCUCACUCCCACUUCCUAUCGAGUGCCCUAACUCCUAGCCAGCCUGCAUGCUUACUGCAAAGUGCCUCCAGUAAACUAGUGCCCUUAUUUUGGAUGGCUUGGGACACAGCCGGACUCCCUGCCUCACACAGGGGAGAGAAUGAGGGCAGUGUUUUAUUCUCCCUCAAGCAAGUCCCCUUGUUUGUUUGUUUUUUAGCCUUAGAUUGGGCCCUUUAAUGGUCCAUUAAUGAUGUCACAUUUUUGUUCUAUCCUGUGCCCUGUGUGUAUGUAUGUAUGUGUGUGUGUGUGUGUGUGCGGUGUUUAGUGGGCGUGGCCUGUAUCCUGUUCUCUGUGGGACUCAUUAAUAAACAGCCAGUCUUAUUUUGUACAGUGUGUGAUGAAA